AUGACUAUUGUUUCUUACAUUUCCGUUUUUAUCACAGUCCGCUCUAAUCGUCAUAUGCAUUCCAAUAGCGCAGCAGGUGCGAGGGAAAAAAAAUUGACGAUUACGUUAUUUACUGUGAUAAUUGGAUCUUUAACUGCUUAUUUUCCAUUGACGAUACAACUAGGUGUUUUCAUGUUUCAUCCCUAGUUCGCCAACGAUAUUAUUUGGCGGCUAUCAUUACGUAUUGGAAGAACAGCAGUAGUAUUAUUCGUGGUCACCUCGCUCAUAAAUCCUAUUAUCUAUGCCAUGCAGGUACCAGAACAAGGCGAAAUGUCAUGGAAAUCAACUUCCGCCGAACUUCAAACUGUUCAAAGCCGAGCGAUAUACCAUUACGUUAGCUCUGUUUCGGUUACCAUUUUAUAACCCUUACACUAGAAAACUCACCAAAAACGUCUCGAGUACAACCCCACACAGUAUGCAAUUUAGCCGCGAGUAACCUUUUCGAAGAAAUUCCGUGGAAUCAGAUUUAAUCUAUCACGAUCUGCCAACUCAGCGAUUUCUCGUCAGAAUGGGGUAAAAAUUGAAAAAGGUCUUUCCUGAAUAUCUAUUCUUGCGAUUUCUUUUAUUUUGCAAGGACAAUUAGGAUAUAUCCCAACUGCCAGUUCAUAAAAGUCCUGUAGGAAAUACGCUCGUAAAUAUUUCCAAAUCACGACGCGACAUUCCAGUAAAGCGAGUUGUAGAAAGGAUUAUCACAGGGUAAAAAAACUAGUUAGUUGACCUUUGUUUGCCAAAACUGCCAGAAUUCAAGUAACAUAUAAUUUGAUAAGAUUGAGUGCUAGAAAAAACUGGAUGCCGUUAAAUUGCUUUCGUCAGUUUUAGUCCGUCGUUACUAUGCAUUGAUUGCUGAGACUUUGAUCUGACUGAGCAAACCAAAAAUCGACACAUUUUGAGCGUGCAGUCUUCCUAGAAGCUUAACGUAGGCAGAGUUCCUAGCAUGGACUUUAAACAACGAAGCCGAGGCCCACAGUUUCUGUGUUCGCCUUUUUUCGCUUAUUUGGGAUAGUUAUGCAUGGAAAUGGACUAUGAAAGGGGAACUCAGUAACAUCAGGCAAACUGAGUCGAAAUAUGACAUUUUGGUGAAUACGUCAACCAUGCUAUGAAUGUGUUGACAUAAACUAACAAACUACAGAAAUAUGAGAAAAAAAUAUGUUACGGCUUCGAAUGAAAACAUUAAAUAAUAAAAUUUUUCUACGCAUCUUGUUCUGAAACUAAAAAGAAAAUAAAUAAAUAAGCUGGCGAAUAUCCGAAGAUAUAUACCCUGAUUAAGUGUCAUCUCCCAAUUUUCAAACCUUACAUCCACUACCAUAGGUCCUCGUUUAAGACUUAAUUCAAGAUGAGAGGGCGUCUUUUGGUUGUUACAGAAGAUAAGACAUCUAUUUUCGUUCAUUAAGACGUAACAGAAAACACUGAAACAUCUCACGCAGCAAAUGCCGAUAAACUGUUCGUAAAAAUUUUUUCACGCCCGUGCAAAAUAUUGAAAGGAUAAUAAGCACAAUAACCUCCAGUUGGCGCAAAACUUUCCUAUACUCGUGUACUUUUCCUUGAGAAUGAUAUGUUCCUCGAAGCUUACACUUUUUGCUCGAGCUUCGCUCUUGGAGGACAGUUUACUUCUCGGAACAAAUGAUAAUUAAUCUCCGCGGACAAAAAUCUGUUCAUAUUUUUCUUAAUAUUGACUCUCAUACAUUAUCCUUAAGUUUAACCCACUGAUGUUACCGACCUUGGAUAAGUCACGUCUGGGAUGAAAUUUGGAGAUGAAAAUAAAUCUUUGAGUUACAUAACUGAUAUUUAUGUCCAAAGUGCAACACAAAAAUUUGUAGUCAAAUUUCAUAUUGGGGGAUUCUUUAUUGUUAAAUGGAUAAAGAUUCCAACUCACCUAACUAUCUGUUCUUCUGCUUUUUUGUAAAAGAAGGGGAUUUCAAAGAGGAUUGAAUGCAUUGAAAAAAUAUUUCGUAAUCGGUCACUACUUGAUUACUCAACGAGUAUUAACCAAUUGUAUAUUUAUCGAUAAUAGCUUUUGAUGACACCCUUGUGUCACUUUCCCUGAUAUGUUGUAUCUAGAAAUAAUAAUGGCGAUAUAAAGAGCUGAAAUUAAUAUAUCAUGCCUUAUAUUCGCCCUGUGUCUUCACGUACCUGCAUUUUCUUAAACUUACAUGUCAGAGUAAUGACCUUGAUUUGCAUGGGAGCAUCGUUUGAAAGUUAAGCAUUGGAAGUUAAGUCUAUCACAUUUCUAUUCCUGCAAACAAAUGAAAUUAACAAAUUAUUGAAGGUGAAUUUGGGAAAAGACGGAGGCCUCUUAAUGCAAGCGAAAUUGUCCAAUGAUGAUAAGAUCUUGCACACACAGGAAACAGCACCGGCCGGUUGAUAAACCAACAUUUGGCGGAUGACUUCUUGUAACUACUUGUGGAUUGUGGUUAGAUUUCUGACCUCUUGAGAGUUGUUAUUAUAAGACCUGAAAGGAUAUUCAGCCGUCUUGACCGUCUGCGUCAACAAAGUGUCGUGUCUUUUCUCAAGCAUACAUUAUGAUCGGGUUGCUUUUGUAUAUAAAGGAAUUUAAAUACUGAGAGCUGAUUUUCAUGCUCUCCCGAGAGAGGUAAGAAGAAAUUGUGUUAACGACGAGUUGACUUGGCUUUGUGCGAUCUUAUAAUUUCAAUACACUUAACGAAUUGAGCCAUUAUUGGCAGGUUGACCGACUGUCAUUUAGCUUUUUCCGCUAUACUUUGUUAGCUGAAUUGUUUGAUUCUGUCCAACCAGUUGGAUAUUCUGUUACCUAAAGGUACGUAAUAUGACACAGAAACAUUUCAAAUUAUUUUGUUCAACUCACAACACUUGAAUAAGUAACUCUCUUUCUUAAUUAUUUAUUUUUGUCCUCCUCCCUUAUCCAGUUCAUGCAGUGGGUUACCAACACAGACAAGAACACAAUGGCUAACAGCACCGUAGAAAGUACUCGUAAUAACACAAGCGACGAGAAAUGGAUGUCGUAUCUCCCAUCCGAGUGUAUUCCGUGGCUCGUCCUGCUCAUCACGGAAUGCUUGGCUAUAGUCAUCCUAAAUACCGUUAGUACUGCUGUACUCUUGAAGAAGCACCACCUGCAGCGCAGGGGUACAUGCCUGAUCAUCCACCUGGCGAUCGUCGAUCUCCUAGUAGGGGCAGUGGCAGGUCCUACGUUUAUUCAACGGGUUGGGGCUACCUGUAACCUGUGGGAGAGGGCAGUCUGGUCUGAGAAGUACUCUUAUCUAACGAUAGCAUUGGGGCAGUCUCUCCCUUAUUUAUCGCUUUUGAAUCUCGCUGUUAUUUCAUUAGAGCGGGCACAUGCAACGUUUUUUCCUUUCAAGUAUCAUGCCGUUAAGAAAUGGGUCUAUGGAGUUAUAGUUACUGUAACUUGGUUGAUGUCUGCGACUGCUGCACUGGUGGGAAAAGAUAUAGGCAUUAAAGGCCGCCACACAAUGUAUUUUUCGUUUUUUUCUGUUCUUCUUUUUGUAAUUUCUGUUUCUUACAUCUCGAUUUUUAACAAAGUCCGUUUUGGUCAUCGUUCGGCAAAUCAGGGCGCAGCAAGUGUGAGGGAAAGGAAAUUAACGAGUACAUUAUUUAUGGUGACUCUUGCCUCCAUACUGACUUGGUUUCCAUUGAUAAUUGGGCGAAGCCUAAACAGUUUUAAUCCCCAGUUACUUAAAAAGCUCAACCAACGACUAGCCUUUCACAUGUUCAGCGGUGUAUUGGUGUUAUACCUCGCCAACUCGCUGAUAAAUCCUAUAAUCUACGCCAUGCGACUGCCAGAAUUAAGACAAGGUAUUAUGAAGAUCGUAUUUUUCCGAAAUUCGAACAGUUCAAACCAGGGCGACUCACCUCUUCGUAAUCUGUGA